AUUAAGGUGAUGCAGAUGUGGUAUGAGAAGCUGUAGAACAUUCUAAAACGCGUAUUCUGAGGCACAGUAGCGGUAAUUAAAUGGUCGUUUAAAGUUGGUGUUAUUCACAGACACUUUUUGUGGUUCUUAGAGCAGCAGUCAUCAUUCACAGGUAUAGUUGCCAGUGUGAAUCUUGCAGGGAUGAGUGGGUCAGUAACCAAGGUUACAACCAAAACCAAUAUGAAAAUCACAGAGGAUCAACCUGCAUCAGAAUUUUCAUCUAAAACAGACACAUCAGAUUUUACUGCAGGAAAUAUACAACAUCAAGAAGAUCAGUACAGGUCUACAGCCAAACUUAGCCAUGAAAAUUCCCAGGAAGACUUUAUCAAACAAAUGCACUUUUCAACCCCAGAAAAGACAGAAUGUGAGUGGAGCAAUGAGAAAACAGUGGAAGUUAAGGUUAUCAGACAGUCAUUGCCUCAACCACAAUAUUCUGCCUGGAACUUUAAAGAUAGUGAAAUGCUGAAACUGGAACAUGAUAAACAGUCUGAUGUAGAUGAUAUGCUAAAAGAAACUGGAAUACUGAGCACAUCGCUGCCUCCACAUAUGACAAAAAGAGAAGUUUCUACAACUGCGGUUUCCACAGUACAGCCAACAUGGAAGGCAAACUGUAAUUGUCAACAUGAACAUCUGAGCGGUUGUAACAGUCUGGAUAGAGCCCCUUUAAUCACUGUGUCAGUACAAACGCAAACUGAAUGGAGCUGGCUAAAUCAGCCGCAUUUCCCACAUUUAAAUGAUGUAACAACGAUUAAUACUUACGGAAUUACAGAAGCACCAGAAUUAGGACAUGAACAUUUGAAAGUACAGCAUGAAUCUACUGAUGAAUCAAAAAGUGACAUACCAAUACUGUCUGCCACCUCAUGUUCUAAGUUUGAAGAUAUUCUUUAUCAGAAUAUAUCUGGAGAAGAAUUUCAGAUUGAUGUUGGUCUUCCUGCCAUUCUUUCCUACAGAGCUGAAUCUGGACAGAGCUCCAAAGACUUUCAUGUUGUAAGUGAAGAAAUAAAUGACUCUAUUCUCUUAUCAUGGUCUACUGCGAAACAUUAA